ACGAAACCACGACCCGGCACAUCGCUCGAAGUCUCGCCUCUGAUGUUUGACAGACAUCUUUGAGCGAGCUUCUCUGCCGUCGAAUUCGCUGUGGCAUUGGCAAACUUGCCGUGAAUCGAACCCACUGGUAGCAAGUCGGACACGAGCAACUGUUCCAGACUCCCAUGCUGUGGUCAGUUACAGUAUUAUAUUGCUGUGACUCUGAUUCUUCACGCUGCCGCCUCUAGCCCAGCUCACGCCGAACCUACGCUGGCAUUACGUCGUUGACGGACGCUAGCCCUCGCCUUUGUGUGGUAUCAUGGAAGCUUCGUCACCGUUGGCUGCUAUGCAGCCUACCAUGGCCAUGCCCUCAUGGGGUGCCGGUCCGGACAUGUUUCGGUCACACCCUCGCAAUCCCUUUGCUAAUGGAGGGGGUGUUGCUCGUCGAGCCUUGCGAGAACGAUUACAGAAGACGGAUUACUUCAACGUCAAAGAGAUCCCCGGCUCUUCGCCAGCAGCCAGUCUGGCCGCGGAUCUUUCUCAGAACUUUCGCAUUGAUACUGAGGUUAGCCCUCAGUUUCCUACUCCACGACGCGCACUCUUCACUGCCAACAUGAUGGGAGGCGUUGAAACACGAGGCUUCUGUACAACACCGCCGCUGCCAUCAUCGUCUCCUGCUCCUACUAUGGACACGAUGGAUUCCAUGGAGACCAUGGAGAUGUCUCCUCUACCUCACAAGCCGCCAUUCACAACCCAAAUCGAAAUAACCUCGCCCACGCCUUUAGCGACUCCAUCCCACGACGACGACAGCAUGAUGCUGGACUCGCCGCCCCCACUCCCCCGCCAGUCCUCCGUGGAACCGUCCAAGGUGUCACUCACUGACCGCAAGAUCGCUGCUCUCAGAAGACCUUCCCUCACUCGAGCAGGCAAAGUCCACAGCACUAAUUCUGUCCCCAAUCGAGCCGUUGCAGAGAAUCCGCUGCCAUCGUUUCGCUUCGGCGCUGGCAUGUCCCAAUCUUCGACCAACCUGUCAUUAAGCGAAUGCUUUGACUCAGCAUCGCCACCCCAAGAGCGCCGCCCAGUGUCGGCCAACAGCCUCUGCGCUCCCUUGGCUCUCAUGCGCUCCCGACCCCAGUUGAACACUGGUUCUCCUCGUCUUGGCUCGCCCGCGGCUAUUUGCCAUGGCCGCCGUAGCAGUUCCAACCCUUACUUGCGUAGCAGGAAGCAGGUUCGACGUUCUUUGAGCAUGUUCGAGAACCCAGGCGAUGUCACAAAGCCUAACCUUGAAAGAGACGAACCGGGACCCUCUGGUUUACAAGCUGUCAUGGAUACCGACGAUGUCCCUGAGCCUGUGCUACCUCAUUUCCUCUCUGACGACCCCGCGGAUACUAUUCCUCGCAUUACCAAGGAGACUCUUCUGGAGGUGCUUGAUGGCAAGUAUGCGGAUAACUUUGAUCAGAAGAUGGUCAUUGACUGUCGCUUUGAGUACGAGUACGAAGGCGGUCACAUAGAUGGCGCAGUCAACUACAAUGACAAGGAGCUUCUCGCCUCGCAACUUCUGCGCACUCCCAUGGCUGGUCGAACUCUCCUUGUCUUCCACUGCGAGUACUCUGCCCACCGGGCGCCCAUGAUGGCUCGCCAUGUUCGUUCUGAGGAUCGUACCAUGAAUGCCGAGUUCUACCCUCGACUCAACUAUCCAGACGUCUAUCUCCUGGAUGGUGGCUACAGUGCCUUUUUCGCCGAGCACCGUGGCCGGUGCUUCCCUCCCGAAUACGUCGAAAUGUCGGAUGAGAAGCAUCAACGUACCUGCGAGCGCGAAAUGGGUAGGCUUAAGCAACGAAAGGGAUUUGGUCGUGCGCAAACGUUUGCCUUUGGGCAGCGCGAAACAUGCGAGAUGGACUCUCCUACAGGGCCUGCGAGACCCAGCUCACGACAUGCCCCGAUGUCAUUCGGCGAAGAUUCGCCUAUCUUUGGGGAGCGAACCCACGCCCGGCGGAUGGCGUCAUACUAAUGUUCAUAUGAACUAACCGCUGGGACAUCGACGCCGUUGACGACGACUCACGACAAACGAGCUCUUGGACACGAGCCAACUGCUGGUCCCUCCUCCCCCUCUCGUACACACUCUCGUGGUCCUGGAUGACAUAC